AUGAAGCACAUACAGGGCUUGUUUUCUCUUGCUCUCUCGGCUGUGUUGUUGUGUUACAGUAAUGCAGAACAACAAGAGUUCAUGUUACUUGCAGGUCCUUUAACCGCCGACCUCGAGGCCGAUUUGGGAGCUUCAGUUUUUGACUGCAGGAGAGUACUGCCAUUGCAAUCCAGAGAACAUUUCCAGGAUCUCCAGAGGAGAGGGGUAAACCGCUUUAAAGUUCCCCUCUCCUGGUCCCACGUUCUUCCAACAGGUGACCCCAACCAGCCUCAUGAAGACACCGUGACGUGCUACAAGACGCUCGUGAAGCAACUGACUGAAUCAGGCAUCAAACCUCUGUUGGUCCUCCACCGCUCCACAGUUCCUGAACGUUAUCGAAGCAGACAUGGAGGCUGGGAGAAUCCAUUAGUGGUGCAGAUGUUUGAGCAAUAUGUUGGAUUUGCAUUCGACACGUUUAAAGACCUGGUGGACACGUUUAUCACUUUCAGUCACCUGCAUGAACUUCACGAUGAAGAACUUCGAAAUGCUCUCCAGGCCCAUGCAAACAUAUACAAACUCUAUCAUCCAAAGUUCAAAGGGAUCCAUUUGUCUCUCGGGAUCAGAGCCGCUGAUGUCUCCUCCAUUCAUCAACUUGGGUCAAAAAACAUGGUGUAUAUGGAUUUCCUCUCAGUGCAUAUGCCUUACAACUGCAAAUUGCAAAGUCUGGCCGAGAACUUGCAGGCAUUGCAGACUGCGAGUGGUCAGCGCUCCAUUCUUAUAUAUGAGUUGACCAAUAAGGACUGCGAUGAAAAUGAAAAUAAUUUCCAGCCUCUUAUCAGUCUUCUUGGAGUUUUACAGCACAAAGAUCUUCACAUCAGGGGCUGUGACAUCACACAACUUUUUGGAAAUUUAGAUCAAGAACAAACACUCAAAGGGUAUCAAUCAUACACAAAUAUUUGCAAACACACACAUACAGUCAAAUAUAUUUCAUACCAGAAGGUGUGGGAGAAGUUCAAAACUCAAAGUGAAGCGGUGCGAGAUCAGUUCCUCAAUGGCUCAUUCCCUGCUGGUUUUCAGUGGUCUGUCUCCAGUGAGAGUUUCAAAGUAGAGGGCGGCUGGUCUGAAUUUGGGAAGGGUGAGACCAUAUGGGAUCGGUUUAGCCAUGAAGAUCACGUGUUUGGCAACCAGACCACCGAUUUGGCCUGUGACAGCUAUCACAAGGUGGACUAUGAUGUGUAUCUGCUUCGGGGUAUGCAGGCCCCACAUUACCAGUUCUCAAUAUCCUGGGCUCGCAUUUUCCCUAAUGGACGCAAGGAAAGUUUGGUCGAAAAAGGGGCGUUGUAUUAUGACAAUAUGAUUAACAAGCUUUUACAAUCGGGCAUAGAACCAACCGUUACCCUAUAUCAUUGGGAUCUUCCUCAAGCUCUGCAGGAACAAGGAGGCUGGACCAAUGAAUCCAUCGUGGAAGCUUUCAAAGAAUUUGCAGACUUUUGUUUCUCUCGAUAUGGAGCUAGAGUAAAAACAUGGAAUACAUUUGGCAUCCCUUGGGUUGUGAGUAACUUUGGGUAUGGAACAGGAGAACAUCCUCCGAGUAUCAAAGACCCAGUAAUAGCUUCAUACCAGGUUACACACAAUAUUCUGAAAUCUCAUGCUGAAGCCUGGCACACCUAUAAUGAUAAAUACAGAAACACGCAGAAUGGAAAAGUUGGCAUCGCGCUUUACUCUGAAUGGACGGAGCCAAAAAAUCCUUCAAGUUCACAGGAUAGUGCAGCAGCCGUGCGCUAUUUAAACUUCAUGCUGGGCUGGUUCGCUCACCCCAUAUUUGUAAAUGGAGACUAUUCAGCAGUUCUUAAAGAUAAAAUUAAGAAUAAAAACAAUCUUUGUGGCAAAGAACUAGCAAGACUCCCUGUUUUUACUGAUGUGGAGAUGAAACGAAUUCAAGGCACAGCUGAUUUCUUUGGGCUUAACCACUACACUACCCGACUGAUAAGUGAGGUGGUAGGUAGUUGUGAUCCUGGACUUAAUAAUGUGGGGGAUUUUAAGGUAGAUGUUGACCCCACCUGGCCCAACACGUCUUCUGAUCACAUCCAUUCUGUUCCCUGGGGGCUACGCCGUUUGUUAAACUACAUCUCUGUAGAGUACACAUCCAUCACAAAGGUGCCCAUCUACAUCACAGGGAAUGGCAUGCCCACUGAGUACAGCGGUGAUGUGUUCGACGACACCCAGCGUGUUGACUUCCUCAAAGCUUACAUUAAUGAGGCAAUGAAAGCUGUGCAGAUAGAUGAAGUGAACGUCCAAAGGUUCACAGUGCAGUCCCUAAUGGAUGGAUUUGAGGGCCCUCAGGGCUACAGUCAACGGUUUGGCUUGCACUACGUGAAUUUUGAAGAUCCUGAUAGGCCGAGAACUCCCAAAUCAUCAGCAUAUUACUACUCAAAGCUAAUUGAGAGAAAUGGAUUCGCAGAAACUCAUUCAAAACCUGCAGCGCAAAUCUAUGGCAAUGAAAUGGAGAACUCAAGGCUUCCCGCUCUGCCACCAUCUGAAGUUCCUUCAACAUCCAAAGUGGUUUGGGAAAAAUUCUCUCCCCAGACAAAGUUUGAGAGACAGCUCUAUCACUAUGGAUCAUUUCCGGAAGACUUCCAGUGGGGCGUGUCAUCUUCAGCUUAUCAGAUUGAAGGCGGCUGGAACGCAGAUGGAAAGGGAGCUAGCGUGUGGGACACGUUUACUCAAAAACCUGGUAGUAUCCCAAACAAUGACAACGGAGACGUGGCUUGUGACAGUUAUAAUAAAAUCGAUGAGGAUCUAUACAUGUUAAAAGCUUUACAAAUUAAAAAUUAUAGAUUUUCAAUUUCAUGGUCUCGAAUCUUUCCGAAAGGUUCUACAUCUUUUCUUAAUCAGAAGGCCAUGGAUUACUACAAUAGGCUUAUAGAUGGCCUCGUAGCGAAUAAUAUCCAACCCAUGGUCACUCUUUACAACUGGGAUCUACCACAAGCUUUACAAGACAUCAGCGGCUGGGAAAACCCUGAUAUGAUGAACAUUUUCAAUGAGUAUUGUGACUUCUGCUUUGCAACUUUUGGGGACAGGGUGAAGUUUUGGAUCACGUUAAAUGAACCCCACACAAUUGCAUGGUCUGGAUACGGACUGGGCCUGAUUCCACCCAACAUCAAGCAUCCUGGAGAUGCUCCGUACAGGGUUGCGCACAACCUUCUAAAAGCUCAUGCGAAAGCGUAUCACACCUAUGACGAUAAAUACAGAGCGACUCAAAAAGGGCUGGUGUCCAUUAGUCUGAAUGCCGAAUGGGUGGAACCUAAAGAUGUCACCGUCCUCCGAGAGGUGGAGGCUGCUGAUCGAGCCCUCCAAUUCCAGUUGGGCUGGUUCGCACAUCCCAUCUUUAAGAACGGCGACUAUCCCGAUGCCAUGAAGUGGCAGGUUAGCAACAAGACCGAACUCCAAGGCUCGAAAGGCUCUCGCUUGCCAACUUUUACAGAUGAAGACAAAGCCUACAUCCAAGGCACAGCUGACGUAUUCUGUAUUAAUACGUACACGACCAAAGUCGUACGUCAUGCGACGAUCAGCCUGUCUCCUGCCAGUUAUCAGAACGAUCAGGAUGUUAUUAAGCAAGAGGCAGAUGGAGCUCUAGAUACGGCUGUUCAAGAUCAGAAAGCUGUAAGUUGGGGGCUCAGGAGACUUUUGAACUGGAUAAAGGAGGAAUAUGGAGAUCCUGAGGUUUACAUCACAGAAAAUGGUGUGUCAACGAGCAAUGCUUUUACGACAGAUGACACAGAUAGAAUAUUCUCAUUGAAGACAUACAUUGAUGAAGCUCUCAAAGCACACAACCUGGAUGGAGUGCGUCUGAAGGGAUACGUCGCUAGCCCUCUAAUGGACUCUUUUGAGUGGUUGAAUGGCUACAACGUCGGCUAUGGACUUAACUACGUGGACUUCAAGCACCCAAGUCGACCGAGAACUCCAAAACGCUCGGCUCACCUCUAUUUUGAUAUCAUGAGAAAUAAUGGCUUUCCAAUGACAGAGGAGGAGAGAAUCAUACAUGGACAUUUUAAGGAAGGGUUUGUCUGGAGCACAGCAACAGCCGCUUAUCAGAUAGAGGGAGCCUGGAGAGCGGACGGGAAAGGUCUCAGCAUCUGGGACCAAUACACACAUACUCCGUCAAAUAUCGCAAACGAUGCAAACGGUGACAUCGCCUGCAACAGCUAUACUAAGAUCGAUGAAGACGUCAACCUUAUCAAAAUGAUGAAGGUCAAAAAUUACAGAUUCUCAAUUUCAUGGCCCAGGAUUCUUCCUGAUGGAACAAACAGUAAAAUUAAUGAAGCUGGACUCAACUAUUAUCAUAGACUUGUGGAUGCACUUUUGGCGGCCGAUAUCCAACCACAGGCGACUCUGUACCAUUGGGAUCUACCUCAAGCCCUUGAGGAUGUUGGAGGCUGGCAGAAUGAAACGGUUGUUAGUAGAUUUAGGGACUAUGCUGAUAUUAUAUUUAACAGUCUGGGACACAAAAUCAAGUUCUGGAUGACUUUAAAUGAACCCCUCAACGUUGCGCUGAAUGGAUAUGGUUUCGGAGCUGCAGCACCAGGUAUAUCUUUACCCGCCACGGCACCUUAUAUUGUGGCGCACAACCUCCUGAAGGCUCACGCGGAGGCCUGGCACCUGUAUGAUGAGAAGUACCGUGCAACACAAGGGGGCGUUAUUGGCAUGACUGUGAACUCUGACUGGGCUCAACCAAGAAAUCCGUACAAACAAGAAGACGUGGAUGCUGCCAGACGCACCAUUCAGUUCCAGAUUGGCUGGUUCGCUCAUCCAGUUUUUAAUGGAGAUUAUAGUGAUGUAAUGAAGGAUAGAAUUCGAGAGAGAAGCUUGAUAGGUGGUUUACCUAAAUCGAGGCUUCCAGAAUUUACCCAAGCCGAAAUAGAGCGAAUUAAGGGCACUCAUGAUUAUUUUGGAUUCAACCACUACACCACGGUCUUGGCCUUUAAUGUGGACUACGGUGACCUUCAACACUAUGAUGCAGACAGAGGGUCAGCAGUUAUUUCUGAUCGCACAUGGCUGGAAUCUGGGUCCUUCUGGUUGAAAGUUAACCCUCCGGGAUUCCGAAAGAUUUUGAAUUUCAUAAAGGAGGAAUACGGAAACCCUCCAGUAUACAUAACUGAGAAUGGAGUGUCAGAAAGAGGUCCGGUGAAUUUGAAUGAUAUCUCACGUAUCCACUACUAUGAAAAUUACAUCAAUCAGGUGCUGAAAGCGUAUCUGCUGGAUGGAGUGGACAUGCGUGGCUAUGCGGCCUGGUCCCUGAUGGACAACCUGGAAUGGGGUGCAGGCUAUGACGAAACAUUUGGCCUUUUCUACGUAAAUCGUUCAGAUCCCAAUUUACCACGAAUUCCUAAAAAAUCUGUCUGGCACUACGCUACACUUGUCAGCUGCAAUGGCUUCGUAAACCCAACGGAAGGUCCUCAUGAAUGUGAGGUUCAUGAUCCUGAAGAUGGCAACACAGGUGCGACGACUCCUCCUCCUCCUGUCGGGAAGCUGUCUGUGAAUUUCUUGGGUUUGGACGUACCGGGUCCGGAUGCUGAAGUGGCUCUCAAUGCUCUUUUUAGUCUCACUAUUAUUGGUGUGGUCGGUGUUGUGAUCUUACUGUUAGGAGUUGUCAAGGCAGCCAAGAAAACAAAACGUCCUAAAGGGGAGGACAUUGCUCUUGAGAGACAAUUUUGA